AUGGCUUAAUGGUAAUUACCUUUAGUUAAGAGUACCUCAUUUAUGUAAGCAACAAAAAUCCCAGUUGUUAUAAGAGUAGACGAUGACUUUUAUGAUGAAAAUACUUAAACUGUGGGCGAAUUGCUUUCUGAUGGAGAUGAAUUAGUGGUUGAUUUAUACUCAGCUGAUAUUUGGAUCACAGUAAAAACUGAGGCUGAAAUCAUUGACUCUGAAAUUGAGUAGGAGAUGGAACCUCAAAAAAUUAACAUUGAAUUCUAGAUCAAAGUUCAAAGGUAAUGGACAAACUCUCAUCUUGCAAAAAUUAUCCAGAAAUUCUUAUACAAAUCACUAGAUACCUAAUUGCAAAAUCAAUAAUAGAUAUAUGUGAUGACUAGUAUUGAAUUUAGCAUAAAAUAACCACAAAACUUGCAACAGUCUAAAGUUUAGAGACAAGAUAGCUACGAUUUCGAGUAGAAAUAAUCAAGCAACAAAGAUAAUGCAAAUCUAAAUGAUUAGCAGCCACUUGAAGAAAAUAAUUUUGUUGAUAAUGAUUUUGAUUUCGACUCGAUAUUGAAAGUUAAGAUCUGGAUUAAGGAAAUUAAGAAUGCAAUUAAGGAUUACAAGGUUGAACGCCAUGAUCAUAGCUAGGUUAAGAUAGACCCUGAUCACUCCUACUUUAAUUUUGAGAAAGAUAGCAGUCCUUAAAAGGACUAGGAGAUGCAAUGUGAAAAAUAAAAUAAAGACAGCUUCAGCAAGGAUAGAAUAAAUAUGACAAUGGUCUAAGCUUAAGAAACCUUAGGCAAUCAAAGAAGAUUUUCUAAAAUAAAGUCACUUUUCGAAUAAUUUAUUGUUCAUAAAUUCAGGAAGAACACAACUAUUAAUGAAUCUGACUUUGAAGUCAGGAGAAAUCAAUAACUGAAUACUUCUAGCAUAGGAAUUAGACCGAAUACGUCACUAGAUCAGAAUAACCUUCAGAAUCAGUCAAGGAACAGAAUCGGAAGUAUAACUCAAGUAAAUUCUAUAUUUGUUCACAAAUCUCAUGAGACUCUAUUAAGAUAGAGAGGAGAACCAAAACUUAUUCAUGAAAUCUAUGGAGUAUUUUUAGUACGCGACUAAAAGCAAGAUAACAAUAAGGUUUUAGACUAGAUUGCAAUUGAGAAUGUUGAUGAUUAAUAUAUAUCAUGUGAAAGUUCUCUUACACUAUCCUCUCCUUCAGAGGAAGAGGAAGAAAAAUAAUAAGAGCUUAAGAUUGAUUUCCAGUUAGAUGAGAGUAGUGAUAUUCUUUUUGAUCCAAAUAAGAGUAGAGCUCUGAUACAUUAGUAUAAAACUAUUACAAGUAACAAUGGAUUCAAAUAGCACAAAGAACUGAAAAAAUAUUAAUCCCAACAAUUUAAUCUGGGAGCGAGAAGAAAAUCUAGAGUAAUACAGAGAUUUGAGCCGAAUAAUAUAAACAUCAAUAUAGUUAAUGCUGUUGAAUUAGACGCAAAUGUCCUUACUCUUUAUGAGAUGGAGCACUUGCUAUUGCCAUAAAUCAGGAAUUUAGCUGUAAAAAAAUAGUUCGGAGAAGGAGAUGAAACUUUGAAACUAAAUGAUCUCAAUUCUGAUUUGCUAAGCUCGUCUUACUAUCACAAAGGCAUCUGCAAAAGACUUAAGGCUUUUGCUCACUCUUGCUUAAAUUACAAAAAUGACAUAGACACUCUUGAUUAAAAUUUCACUCGUCAAAUAAAUUACAAGAGAGAAGACGUUUUGAAAUUUAUAGGCAUGCUUAGACAUAGCGAUCAAUAAAAGUAUGCUAUGAUAAGAAAUUAGAUUAUUAGAAAUCACUUAUACGAGCAUGAAAAUAAUUCCAACCAAACUGAUCAGAACAUUGUAUUUGAUGAGAAUCUAAUGAAUGCUAUGAACUUGAUAGAGGUUUAAUUAAAUCAAGAAAGAUUAGAAAUGCUCAAAACUCUCGUAAUAUUUAUAAUUUCAAUAUUUGCUAUGGCAGCCUUUGGACUGAAACUAUGA